AUGCCUCAGGUUAUAGAUCUGACCAGCGGAGAGCCUGUCGACGCAUAUCAGACUGGCGAAAUUGUGGUUCAGAGCCGAAGUGCCAUGAAAAGCUACUUUGGGCGUCCAGAAGCUACCGCCGAAGCUUUGAGCAGUGAUGGCUGGUGGCGUACAGGAGAUUUAGGCUACUACGACCUUAAAGGACAAAUUCAUAUUGUCGACAGAUUGAAACAAAUGAUAAAAUGCAUGGGAAACGUGGUCACCCCCGCUGAGCUGGAAAAUAUUUUGAUGAGUCACGAGGAUGUGGCAGAAGCUGUAGUUGUAGGUGUUUCAAGUUUCAAGUACGGCGAGGCGCCAGCAGCUUGCGUGGUUGUCGAAGACGGCUGCGAGAGAAACCUCGAAAGCCUGGCAGAAGAAUUAAAGGCGCUCAUUGCAGGUCAAGCAGCGGCGUUCAAGCAACUGUACGGCGGAGUUUUUUUUAUGAAAUGUCUUCCCAAGUGCAUUAACGGAAAGAUCAUGAGGCAAGACAUUAAGAAGAAGAUAUCUAAUAUCAAGAAAGAGAUGCAAAACUAG